AUGAAGGCCAAUCAAUUGAGUUUUCUGCUUUUGGCCUUGUUCUGUACAAGUUCUCAUCAGCUUUCCAAGCCCGAGGAUCCCACCUACUGGGCAGCGGUGGUGGAGCACAAGAACGCAGAGGCUGAUACGGCCCGGAAACGCACCACCCUGACCUCGGAAUCCUUCCAGCAAAUCAUCCGGAAUGCCGGCGAUAUAGACAUCAUUGUGUUUCCAGAACAUAUAAUAAAUAGUCGCGAGACAGCCACUUUCGUUCCCCAAGAAUCGCAGAAUGUGACGCCCUGCUACCAGGCGGAUUACGAGCUCUUCUUGAUCGAAUUAUCCUGCGCGGCGCGAUCGAGGAGCCUGUAUGUGGUCAUAAAUGUGGUGGAGAAGGAGCUGUGUGGCAGUGGAUUGGGUUCGGAUGCCCUCAAUCCCUGUCCCUCAACCGGCGUUCGUUACUUCAACACCAAUGUGGUUUUCGAUCGCAGGGGCAGGGUGAUCUCGCGAUAUAGAAAAAGCCAUUUGUGGCGCCACGAAUAUGUGGAAACUUCAGUGCUACGUACGCCCGAUUUGUCCACUUUUACCACCGAUUUCGGAGUGACCUUCGGCCAUUUCAUCUGCUUCGACAUGCUCUUCUACGAUCCGGCCAUGAAGUUGGUGAGGGAAUUGAAUGUCACGGAUAUUAUAUAUCCCACCUACUGGUUCUCGGAACUGCCCUUCCUGGGCGCCGUUCAGCUGCAGGAAGGCUGGGCCUUUGGCAACGAUGUCAAUCUCCUGGCCGCCGAUGCCAGUCAACCGGAUGGAAGGACCACGGGAUCGGGUAUCUACGCAGGUCGUGGUGGUCGUCUGGUGGCCGAGAUCUACGAGGAACCCACCACGAAGCUGCUGAUAGCGGAGGUUCCGAAGAGGGAACAUGGAAGAUUGGCUCCUAGUUUUACUCCCCUCUUUGAGCCCCAGUUGAAAACACAGAGAUUCACCGGAGUGGCCACCUACAGGGAUUACAAUGUGGAUAUUUUCGAGAGUGAGCUGCUGCCCGAGGAUUUCUUGGAGGUGGAAAGGCAGCUCUGCCACGGCAGCUUCUGUUGUUCUUUUUCAAUUGAGAGAAAGCUAACGAUUAGUAAUGAGGUAAUCUCAAGUUCAGAUCCCAAAACCUAUCGCUAUAGAUUGGCCGCCUAUUGGGGCAAUGAGACGACUGUCAUACGCGUGGAUCGCACAGAGCAGGCCAUUUGUGCUUUAUUUACCUGCCUGGAUGAGCACAUCAGCAGUUGUGGCUAUAUAUUCCCCGCCUCCGAGGAGGUCAUCAAUAAGCACCACUUCACGAAGUUGAAUAUCUCUGGAAACUUUCCCGCUGCUCCGCGUGGUCGUCGACUGAUCAUGCCCAGCACCUUGAAUGCCCUCUUCCUGCCCGUUGCUGUUGCGGAUUAUGAUUGGGUUGAGUCACCCGAGGCGGCUGCCAAUCCGGAUAAGCCCAUCUUUGUGGGCCUCAGCCUGGCGAAGCCCCAGAACGACCUGCUCACUUUUGCCAUUUGGGCCAACUACUUCACCGAGCUGCCCAGCACGCACAACUUGGAUCACAUGCAGCCGGAUUACACCAGUCCCUCGACUUCCUCCUCCGGAGUUUUAACCUCCAGUGUUUUGUGGCUCCUUAGCUGCCUUUUCUUUAUACCACAGAAUCUAUAGCAAGGUCACAUUGGUUGGUCACACUCAUAUCUUGCUUUGGGCACACUGCGAUUCUUAUUUACGCGGCAAA